AUGGAAUCAAAAAUGGUGAAAUCAGCAUUGAUAUUCAUUGGUACACCAAUUCUGGCACGAACCGGUUAUCAAUCUUGCACGAAGGACUCUGAUUGUGCUAGACUCAAAUGUCCAUCUCCACUAGGACACCCCACGUGCGUGCAUGGUGGUUGUGAAUGCCCCUUGGAAGAACACGUGACAGUGACACUACCCGAAGAUACCAAUUGUGGCACUCAAAUUCUAGCACAGUCUUGCAAAAAGGACACUGAUUGUAUUCAUCUGAAAUGUGUAACAAAGAUCAAAUGUGUGGAAAACAAAUGUAAAUGCAUUAAUGAAAAAUAUGCGUUUAAACCAUUUGAUACGUCCUGUGGUGUUGCUGCUUGCAUUGACUUGUGCAAGGCCAAAGGCGAACAAGCUUAUGCGUGUAUCUUAAACCAUUGUUACUGUCGCAAACCUCCUAUGUAAUAAUUAAGUAACUACAAGCUUAAAUCAUUGUAUUUGCUUGCAUCAUCUUCAAAUGUUGUAAUUUCACAAUUUUUCCAUGUAAUACUUUUACUAUUUUAUUCUUUUCUAUCAAGAGCCAAACAAUAAAAUAUUAGAUAUUAAACUUUUAAUUUUACAGAUUUUAUAAAACUAUUUAG